ACAUCCCGAGCGAAGAUCCGCUACAUUAUAACACUUCUACCAACACCGCCGCUCUCUGAUCCUUGUUUUCGGGGUUUGGAGCCCCCCCGGACACACCGAGGGAACAUGCCCGGACAGAGGUAACCGUUCCCGGGCUGCUGCUGCCUCCUCAGCCGGCUGAAGGACCAGGAGCAGAACCACAGAUGGAGAGGCCGAGCAGACUGCUGCUUGUAUCCGAGCUGCGCGUCAGAAAUUCCGCGUACGAUGUGAGCCUGAGUCGGUCCCUGCUCACCUGGAAGAGACGUACCUCCAGUCCUGUUUACCACCCGUUCAGACCCAGGUUUUGUGUUCCUUCGUUCCCUCGUCGGCAAGCCUCAGGUGGGUGUCACAGUGUGUCGGUGUCAGAGAUCCUCUCCGUCAGAGAGGAAGAGGAGGAGAGCGGCUGCCGAGACGAUGGCAGCUGGAAACAAAUUAAGGAGAGCGAAGGAAAGGACUGCAGGCAGGCCUUCACAGUGCUGUACGUGGAGCGGUGUCAGCAGCAUCGCUGGCGGUCGGCUGAAGUCACCUUCACAUGUCCGGAGGCAGCGCUGUGUCAACGCUGGGUCAACAGCAUCAGAGAGCAGCUGGCAGCUAUCACCAGCAGACCCAAACAGCUGCUGGUGUACAUCAACCCGUUCAGCGGGAAGCGACACGGGAAACGCAUCUACGAGCAGAAGGUCGCCCCGCUGUUCGCCCAGGCCGGCGUCACCACGCACGUCAUCGUGACGGAGCACGCCAAUCAUGCAAGGGACCACCUGAGGACGGAGGCGGAGCUGAAGAAGUUUGACGGGGUGGUGUGUGUCGGGGGGGACGGCAUGUUCAGCGAGAUCAUCCACGGGCUGAUCUGGAGGUCGCAGAUCGACGGCGGCGUGGAUCCGAACUGUGCCGACGAAUCCCUGCUUCCCUGCUCGCUCCGCAUCGGCAUCAUCCCUGCAGGUUCAACAGACUGCAUCUGCUUCGCCACUGUGGGCAGCAACGACCCUGUGACCUCUGCGUUGCACAUCAUCGUGGGAGACUCUCAGCCGAUGGACGUGUGCUCGGUUCACCACAACAACACCUUCCUGCGUUACUCCGUCUCGCUGCUUGGAUACGGUUUCUACGGCGACGUGCUAACUGACAGCGAGAGGAAGAGGUGGAUGGGCCCGGCGAGAUACGACCUCUCAGGUGUGAAGAUGUUCCUGACACAUCAUUACUACGAAGGCACGGUGUCCUACCUGCCGGCCAGAGGCAUCAUGGGAACGCCACGGGACGCCAGCAGGUGUCGAUCCGGAUGUGUAGUUUGUCAGCACAACAGGAGGCUGAUUUCAGAGAAAGCUGAGAGGUACCAAGUGGAUGAAGAAGCAGACCGCGAAAGUGAAGGCGAGUGGAAGACGAUCCGCGGGAAGUUUCUGGCUAUAAACGCUGCCAGUAUGAGCUGUGCUUGUCCUCGCAGCCCCAAAGGCCUCUCGCCCGCGGCUCACCUGGCCGACGGCACCACCGACCUCAUCCUGGUGCGGAAAUGCUCCCGCUUCGACUUCCUCAGACACCUCCUACGACACACCAGCAAAGACGACCAGUUUGACCUGAACUUUGUUGAGGUCCACCGGGUACGGCGUUUCUGCUUUACCCCCCGUCACUGCCAGAGCGACUCGGACCUGGACCUGCGGGAGAACGGGAAGCACCAGAUCUUCGGGCAGAUCUGCAGAGACCACCCGGCCUGCGGCUGUGCCCCGGCCUACAGCAGCUGGAACUGCGACGGCGAGAUCCUGACCCACACGGCCAUCGACGUCAGAGUGCAGAGCAACUUGAUCAAGCUGUUUGCACGAGGGAUCGAGGAGCCGACAGUGUUCGAGGAUCUGACUAACCCCUGCGCAAUAUGAGUCCCGUCACCACCUGUCAGACACUGGACUCCACUUCCUGUUUCCAGCCCUCACAUCGUGUGACUCUACAGGAUCUACCGACUCAGCAAAGAGUUGUGCUGUUACUACACGACAAAAACAAAUUAGGGGAAGGAGAAACGUUCUGAAGAUUCACACAGACAGGAAGUGAGGUAUAGUUUCCCAAGACCAGCUUUAAAUAGGUAUUCUCUGAACCAGCAGCUGAUUUCAGAGAAAGAAUCAGGAAGUUAUUGUCUUAAAGAGCAAAGUUUCACCCUCAGAUUUGAGUUUGUUGGGGUGGAACGGCUGCUGGGUGUUUGGCCUCUGAUCUAUUUUCAGUAUUGAAACCGAGCGCUGCCUUUUUCCAAAAUAAUCCUCUGAUUGUGACUUAGUUUUGUUACCUUUAAUUUACUUUGUUCACUUUAACAAAAACUGUUUUGAAACAGAGUUGCCCAAAGUCUUUCCCUGAGUGUGUCCGCCUGUAGAGGGGGCUAGAGUACUCAAAGGUCUGUUUUUUUGGGCUAUAUUAUGAGGAUUUGACUAGGACAAACACCUGUCUGUUGACGGCUUUGACUCAGACUUGUCUUGUUUUUGUUGUCUUUAAGGCUGCAACUAAUAAUUCUGCUGAUUAUUUCCUAGAUUUUUGGAUUAAUCAUUUAGAAAAUCUGUGAAAAAUGACUUUCCAGUUUUUCAAAAGUCUUUAAAUGUCUUGUAUUUUUUGUCCAAAACCCACAAAUAUUCACUUUAACGUGAUAAAAAACUAAGAAAAGCAGGAAAGGUCCUCAUUUUCAGACCUUUUUACACUAAAAUGACUUCAAAGAUUGAUCCGUUAUCUAAGUAUUUGGCGAUAAUUCUUCCGUCAAUCGACGAUUGGACUAAGAUUUGUGUCCAUUUCGAUUUUAGGUGAUCACAAAACUGCUGACAGUUAGACUUUUCCACUAGACUUAUUUUGCUGGUUGAUGUUUUAUUUUAUACUGACUCAAUUUUCAGGCCUUUUCUGAAACUCAUAGGCCGUUUUGUUUUCGGCCCCCUCUGAUUCUCCUCCUUUACUCCCCGUAAUAAGACUGUAAACUGACGCUGCUUUGACUCCAAUACUCUGUUGACUUGUAUCUACAUUUAAUCAAAUCAAACUUUAUUGAGCUUACAAGUAUAGUUGAAGUUGUUACACAAAUAUUAGCUUUGUUUUGGACAUUUACAUUUUAGUUUGAAGUGAUCCUGGAUCUUGGAAAUAUCUGUUACGGACGCCAGACACCCGCCGGUCAUGUGAGCAGAAAGUAAAUCCCCUUCACAUGGUCUGUACUUGCGGGGUGAAAAAAUGCUGAGAGGAGAUUUAGUCUCACGUCCUAAACCUGAACUCAAUCGUAACUCUGAAAUUGUAUAUUUGCAUUCUUUAAUUCCCAGCAAUUCAGAAAGAAAGGUGUUGUCAUUUCUGAUUUAGAGAAGCUGGGAAAGCUGAACCGUGCACAUGAUCAAUCUUCCAUUUCUGCUCGAUAUGCAAUUCAACUUAGUAAACACAGGAAAAAUAACACCAAUAAUUCACUCAAUCUGUCUUCAAAUCAGCUGGACAUGUAGCUGUGACUUCAAUCUCCUCUCGGUUUAACACUAUGUUUUAAACUUGUCUGUCAGGUUUAUGUUGUUUGCAAAACCUCAAGUUAAUCAUCUGAACCUUCCACAAAGACAAUCACUCGGCUACGGUGGCCCACAGGUACAAAACACAGGUCUCUCUUUCAAAGUUUAUCCUCAAAUCUUCCUUAAUUGAAUCCAUAAAGGGUUUAAUGAAUGCAUCUCACUGGGAAAAAUGCAGAUGUCUUCCCAUAAAAUUUUGAAUGCAUGAGUUAAAGGUUCAGAUGAUUGAUUUAGGGUUUUGUGAAUUCUGGUUUUGUUGGGGAAUGAAAACUGUAAAGUCCAGUGUUGGUAUUCCGCCACAGCACACGUCUCCUAGCAUGCUGUAGCCCCAUGUUGACUGUCUCUGUAGGGUUAGUUUUUUUAGGAAAUGCAUGUAGCAGCGUCCUGAUCUUUACUUAUAUUAUUCAUUAUGAAGUUGCAUUUCUUCCCAAUGCGCCUCAGGACCAUCAUGUCCCUUUGGUCCACACAGAUCAUGAUUUUAAAAAGUCCUGCUUUCAAGAGGAUGAACACUUUAGAUUGGUGUGAUCCCCUGACCUUUCCUUAAGCCCCAUCCUCAGGACAGAGGGUCCAUUUCAGACCUUUUGAUGAGUACUAUAAAAUGUGUUAUUGUCCCCAGCUGUGAGUACCUUAGAGUGGCAAAUCAUACCAGCGUAUUUUCAGCUCCACAAAAAGCUCUAAAGCAUCACGGUAUUGUUUGAAAAAGUUGCAACUUGUAGGGACGGUUGUCAUUUCCAAAAUAGAAGAAAUCGAUUUAAAACUGACCGAGUUCAAGAUGGAUUUAAUGGACACAUUGGACAGGAAGUGGAGUGUCAGCACUGGACUGUGAGAUUGUAGACGCUGGUGGUUUUUUUUGUGUUUCUUUGUGUGUUGUUGACAAGCAAUCCUGUUUCCUCUCUACUGACGUCGAGCCGGACUCAAACUGAUGGAGGAGGAAACCCGUAGCAGCUCACGGUGCUCCAACCAAUCAGCUUUCUCUCUCAAUCCUCACAAUCUGACCAAAUACCAGCCAGGGUUUAAACAUGUAGCCGUCUGUUCCUAGAGGUCUUCACAGGUCCAAAACCUUGGAGCCAAUGAAAAAAAAGUUACCUACAAAAACCCUGCGUUCAUUCAUUCAUUUCCAAGCAUCAACAGGCUGGAUUUAAAGGGGACUGAUCUGAGGAAACGUGGAAGGAUAUUAAGAAGAACAGGACUCUGAUUACAAUGUUAGCCAGAACCGAGAGGACCUGUGAAGACCUUUAGCUCCGCCACCAUGUUGGUUUAUCUUCUUACGUAGGAUUGAUGUACAAUCAGAGUCUGACUGUUUGCUGUAAAACCUCCAAACAACAAACCGAAUGUACAAACAAGAGGUCGACUCAUGACUGAGGUGGAUUUUUCUCCAGCAGAGGAUAGAAAUAUGUGUUAACGUUUAGCGGGCUGUUUUUAUGAAUUCAAUGUGUUUGUGCUUCAGUAUUUUAAAGAGCAAACCUGAAACUGACAGCAUGUUUUUCUCUAAAUACAUGGCAGGUAGCGACUGUGAGCUAAGCGAUAACAUGCUACUUUGCCAGGAACAUUCCCUAGCCACAUAGCUAGCUCAGAUGCUAACAGGUCUAGGCUAGCUGGCUUACUACAAGCCAAUGUCGCGUUACAGAUCAUACUGACCGAAAACAAAGAACUGACAUGGGUAAGGAGGUCAAGCUAGUUUGUUGUUCCAGUGCCACAUUAGCAGGCAGCAUCAAAACCGCUAUGAGGAGCAUCAGUGGCCCAAAUCAACAACCUAUCCCAGAUAAACACUUAAAUGAAUUGCCCUUUAUAUAGAUAUUUAAGUGUAUAGAAUUCCCUAAUAUCUUGAUUUCAGGCUUCUUUUCCCCUGGCAUAAUGAGAUUCAUGUUAGCACGGCUGAAUUAAAUGCUAGCGUCCAUCCAUGCAGUCGAGCUGUGUUGGACUUUAUGCUCCACUUUCUUUUUGUUGACACAAAAACCUUGAAAAAGAUUGGCUCAGAUUUAAACAUUCUGAAUGAUUUAAAUAGAGAAACAUUGCUAAAUAAACUACUUUAUAUCCCGCUUCAAAGAGGUGGCCCAGAGGUAAAGAUGUAAUAAGAACAUGUCUAAUUUUGUUCAGGUAUUUUUGCUAGGAUUAAGGAUUAGCACUCCAGAAAAAAUAGUGUUUGGUAUUUAAUCAUCUUUCUGAUUUGUUGUCUCUAAAAAUGUCAAAAUCAACUCUUGAAAUGGGAAAUAUUUCGCACCUUGACGCUUUAGUUUCUCCCAAUUUAAGAACCUCUCUAAUUAACGGGUGGUGUUUGUUUUUUAAUCGACACUAGUUUACUCGGCGCUGAAAGCUAGUUUUAUCUAGUGAAUCAGUCGACCUCACAAAGCUGUAGUCUGAGCUGUACCUGAUCUUCACCUUCUGCUGUAGCCGAUUCAAUUUUCAGGAAUAAAAAACAUAUUCAAUU